AGACAUCAAUGGAAAAUCAUGACCUCUUAUGCGACUAUUUUGUUUGCAUUACCUCAAUAUCAUUGCAGAGGAGGAAGUGAAAAGUGGCUACGAACACAAAAGAAUUCCUCCAGUCCCAAUGGGUGGGGUGGGGGAGGAGGAAGAGACUUGGAGAAAUCCUUUUAAACGGUUCCAACACUCAGUAUUUACAUAUAAAUAUUGCAGCAAAACCACCAACUUGAGGGUUAUUGACACAUUUCAAGGUGGUGGUAAUCUCUGAGCAAAAGAAAUAGUAAUCUGGUUUAUAGAACAAAGCUGACAAAAAGAUAUAAGAGAUUAUGAGUGCGGUCGGCCUCGUUCUGCUGGUGUUGUCUUCUUGUUGCUUGUCUUUGCUGGAUUCCCAACAGAUCACUCAUCCUCUUGAUGUUAGUGCUCUGCACGCUGUUCGUCGCAAACUGAAGGACCCUAUGAAUCAUCUUCAAGACUGGAAAAAGACGGAUCCAUGCGCCUCUAAUUGGACUGGUGUUUUCUGCAUCGCUGAUCCUUCCGAUGGCUAUCUUCAUGUUAAAGAGUUGCGGUUGCUGAAUUUAAACCUCACAGGAACACUUGCACCUGAACUCAGCCAUCUAGCGAACCUCACCAUAUUGAACUUCAUGUGGAACAAUCUAACGGGUCAGGUUCCACCAGAAGUAGGCAACUUGACUCAUCUCAUCUUCUUGCUGUUAAGUGGAAAUCAACUGACGGGGACUUUGCCUCAAGAACUCGGCUCUCUUUCCAAUCUCUUAAUCCUUCAGAUAGACUACAACGGCAUCAGCGGAGACCUUCCAACGUCCUUAGCAAAUCUGAAAAAACUGAAGCACUUCCACAUGAACAACAACUCAAUCACGGGUCAGAUUCCCCCUGAGUACUCUUCCUUAUCUGACGUUCUGCACUUCUUGAUGGACAAUAACAAGCUAACUGGAUAUCUUCCACCUGAGCUCUCUCAGAUGGCAAGCUUAAAAAUUAUACAACUGGACAAUAACAACUUUGUUGGGACAGAGAUCCCAUCUUCCUAUUGAAAGAUACCCAAUCUCGUCAAACUGAGUCUCAGAAACUGCAAUUUAGAAGGACCCGUUCCUGAUAUGAGCAGAUCACCGGUUCUCUAUUACUUAGAUUUAUCUUCCAACAAACUCACAGGAGAGAUUCCCAACAAGAGGUUUUCUGGGAACAUCACAACUAUUAACCUGUACAACAAUAUGCUCAACGGAUCCAUCCCUUCAAAUUUUUCAGGCCUUGCACGUUUGCAGAGACUGUCUCUGAAGAACAACAACUUAAGCGGGGAGAUUCCUGUGAUAUGGGAGAAGAUUAGCUUUACUGCAGAGGCGAAACUGAUCCUGGACUUGAGGUACAACUUGUUUACAAAUGUGUCAAACGUUCUAAACCCUCCUUCCAAUGUCACGGUCAAGCUUUACGGAAACCCAGUUUGUGCAAGAGUAAAUGAGCCAAACAUAGCUGAUCUCUGUGGCGUCUCAACAGCAGUAGACGUGGUGGAAUCUCCUGGAAGUUCUUCGGACAACUCGAGCAGCACGGGAGAAUGCAAACGACAAUCCUGCCCCGUGAGCGAAAACUACGAAUACGUGAUUGGUUCUCCAGUUCCAUGUUUCUGCGCUGCACCAAUUGGGAUUGGACUUCGGCUUAGGAGUCCAAGUUUCUCUGACUUUCGACCUUACACAGUGGCCUAUAUGCUCGAUGUGGCAUCCAAUCUCGGGAUAAAUCUCUAUCAGCUGUCUAUUGAAUCAUUCUCGUGGCAAUCGGGUCCAAGGCUAGCCAUCAACAUGAAGGUUUUUCCAGAUUUGAACAGUAAAUUCAACUCAACGGAGCUUCCACGCAUUGUUGACUUCUUUGCAACUUUCUCGCUGGAUACCGACGAUUCUCUUGGCCCCUACGAGAUUAUCUAUAUCAACCUCCUGGGUCCUUACAAAGACGUUACUCUCAACUUAUACCCGAGUAAGUCGGGAAUGAGCAAAGGUGUCAAAAUUGGAAUCAUUGUAGGAGGAACCAUUGCUUUCUUCCUUGGCUUAUCCUUUCUAGCAUUGCUCCUCUUCUUCAUCAAGAGAAAAGCUAAGCAUGUCCAACAACAACAAGAGCCGAUCCCUAAAUCUCCAAUGAACAUGGAAAGCGUGAAGGGUUACAAUUUCAUGGAACUUGAUACAGCAACAAGCAGUUUCAGUGACCUGUCUCAGAUUGGCAGAGGAGGCUAUGGGAAGGUCUACAGAGGGCAUUUACCAUGUGGCCUGAUUGUGGCGGUCAAACGUGCAGAGCAAGGAUCUCUUCAGGGCCAAAAAGAGUUCUACACAGAGAUCGAGUUGCUCUCACGGUUACACCACCGAAACCUUGUUUCUUUGCUUGGCUACUGCGAUCAGAAAGGAGAACAGAUGUUGGUAUAUGAGUUCAUGCCCAACGGUUCUCUUCAAGACGCACUCUCUGCGAGGUUCAGAGAGCCGCUGAGUUUCGGGCUAAGAUUGAGAAUAGCACUGGGGUCAGCGAGGGGGAUAUUGUAUCUGCACACAGAGGCGGACCCGCCAAUAAUCCAUCGAGACAUCAAACCCAGCAACAUUCUUCUGGACAACAAGAUGAACCCUAAAGUGGCAGACUUUGGAAUCUCAAAGCUCAUAGCACUAGACGGUGGAGGUGUGCAAAGGGAUCACGUAACUACCAUCGUCAAAGGCACCCCUGGAUACGUGGAUCCAGAAUACUACUUGAGCCACAGGCUGACAGAGAAGAGUGACGUGUACAGCAUGGGGAUUGUGUUUCUGGAGAUUCUGACAGGAAUGCGCCCAAUCUCACACGGGAGGAACAUCGUCCGAGAGGUGAAGGAAGCGUGGGAAGCCGGGAUGAUGUUGUCGGUGAUAGACGAGAGCAUGGGGCAGGACUACUCUGAGGAGGGGGUGAAGAGAUUCAUGGAGCUGGCCAUCAGAUGCUGCCGGGAUGACCCAGUAGAGCGCCCAGGGAUGCUGGAGAUCGUGAGGGAGCUCGAGAACCUGUUUACAAAGGAAGAGAAGCCAUAUUCAAGCCCGUCGGUGCAAUCCUCUGCUUCAGGCUUCUUCGCUGCAGGGCUUGGCUCUUAUAAUAACCACAGUACAUUCUCACAAUUCACAGCUAACGAACUCGUCAGUGGCGUCAUCCCCUCCAUCGCUCCCCGCUAAUAAUAUUUCUUCUUUAUUGUGUGUUCAGUUCUUUAGGUGUGCAGUUUGCUUCCCCGUUCUCUCCUACUUAUUGUAUUAUAUAAGCAAAACAAUGAGGAAAAAGCCAAUAAAGCUAUCAUCUUUCGAAUUCUAGACUUUAUAAUAAAUAAUAAUUGCCUGCUUUU